CUCGAGAUAAAAAGCAAAGGAACAAUUUUGAUCUGUAUCUUAAUCAGUUUGAGCGCUGCGAUCUACCUAAAAGGAAAAUCCUGGAAUACUGUGGGGUCUUCGACAGGACAGGCAUGGGUCCUUGCACUUGGAUGGAAGAUGAGAAUGGUGCGGGGCCUUCGGCGCCACCUAGAUGGGGAUAUGGUCCAGAAUCUCAGCUUCGGAUUACUUCAAAUGAGGAUGUAGGAAAUCCAUAUUUUCACCACCUUAGUAUUGACAAUGGCAUGUCUUGUUAUGCAACGACUUCAGCGCACGGAUACAGACAUCCUCAACCCAGCAGUCAGAGCUACAGAACGCCUACACAUGCUGGAACUGUUUAUCGGCCUGUACAUUAUGGAACGUCACUACAUCCACCACCUCCACCUUGGCUUCCAGCGGACACAACAUGCCACAUUAAUUCUGCUUCCGCCACUUGGUACAGUACGACACCGACCGUUCCUUCAUCGUAUCCAGGCAGCAAGCCUCCAAAUGCAAUCGAAAACUACUACCACCCGUUUCAGAAGCCGCAAAGUCAGUAUUUUGGUUUCCCUCCAACACCUCCCAGCGAAGGACCGAAAGACGCUACCGCUACUGAUUCGACUUCAAUCACCUACGAAAACGACAGAAACUUUAGCGGAUGUGGCAAACAUCAGUUUGCUCCUCAGGAUAUCAUUCCUUCUCAAGGUCAAAUUUGUUCCUGCUCUUGUUGCCAUGCAACGAUAAACCAUCAAAAUAGCCCACAGGCAUACCAAUCAGUUCCUCAUCAUUUCAGCCAUACAAAUCAGUAUCAAAACAUCGUUUCUCAUAACGCACCUACACAUAAGUAUCCCUAUCCUACCUCACGAGAAAAUGAAGCUCCAUCGACAUCGGCUCCUCCAACGAAAGCUGAAAGUAAAAAUACUACAGAAGAGAAAGCAACGAAUAAUGAAACUCAAUUGAAAAAACAUAAAAGCAAAGGCCGUUUAAAUGCAGGCCGUGAAUGUGUGAAUUGUAGAAUUACGUCUACGCCGCUGUGGAGGCGAGAUGGGACGGGUCAUUAUUUGUGCAAUGCUUGUGGACUUUACUACAAAAUGAAUGGCCAUAGCAGACCUUUAGUGAAGCCAAAAAGAAGACUGACUUCGAUAAAAAGGACUGGAAAUAGCUGCGCCAACUGUAAGACAACAGCAACAACACUUUGGCGGAGAAAUCAUCAUGGAGAACCAGUUUGCAAUGCUUGUGGUCUUUAUUUCAAGUUGCAUAACACGAGACGGCCUAUAACAUUGAAGAAAGAUGGUAUACAAACAAGAAAUCGGAAGAUAUCCUCAAGGACCAGAAAGAAAAAGUGCCAAUCACCAUCAGAAGACAGAUCUUACGGUAGUCGGGAUUAUAUGAAUUACAGUUCCAUCCAACAAAUAGCACCACUUACAUCUUAUAUGGACCAUGAAAAUUUAUCUGGACAUAAUUCAUAUGCUUCACACACUGCUCCUGCCUCAAGUAGUUCCAAUUUCAAUAACAGCUUCAGUCAUAUCCAGCAUUCUAGUUACGGAUUUCCUCCAUAUCCUCAAAGCAUGGUUGGAUCCUUAACCUGACUAUAUGAUUAUAGUUGCUUCUAAAAUGGACCAUGUGGUAAUGCAUGAAAAUGAAACAAUCUGAAGAUUCACAUGUUCUCAAAGGCUAGAAUUAUAGGAGGAAAAAAAAAAAAAAAAAAAAACUUUUGAAUUA